UUUCCGCCUCUCAGGUUAAUGCAGCUGCGACGGCGACGGCAGGAGCGGAGCGGUUGCUGCGCAGCGCCUAGGGCGAGCCUCCCUCGGACGGGCUCGCGCGGGCACGGGACAGGCAGCCACGGGAGGAGAGAUUUGAGUUCACUGGAGCCCAGUGCUGAAGGCGUGAAAACACGAAGAACCUGCAUAAGAGUCAUUUCUCCAGCCUUUUUCCCCACCAUGUCUGAUGAAGAUAUUGGCACCACUUUAGCGUAUACCAAGAGCCCCAAGGUCUCCAGGAGAACCACUUUUCAGGAUGAGCUACAAGAAGCAAUUUCUGCUCGUGCAGCAAGACACCAAACUGCUGAAUACUCAGAUGACUUUGACAGUGAUGAGGAUGAAGAACUUCCUGAAAAUAAUUCAGCUGUUGAAAACACAAAUAAGAAAUCAGUUGCCUUUGAUAUUACCCUCUCAGAUGAUGAGACUACUCAGAAAAAGGCCCUUUUCAAAAGUGAAAUUGCUGAUGAAGAUGAAGAUGAAGAGAAACAUCAACAGAUGACAAUUUUGAAUAGCCAAAACUUGACUGGUGACAGAGAAGAUGAAACAGAAUGGUCAUUCAUUGAAAAAUCAACUUGUCGUGGUAAUGAAGGUGACCACUGUAAUGAAUCACAUAUGGCUGUACUGCAGAAUGAAAGGGAAGAAAUUACUCAACAUGAAUUUGAAAACAAACCAGUACCAAAGCUAAGGGAGCACAGAAUCAAAAAUAUAUCAUCAGCUGAGAAUAUCAGCAUUUCUGCACUGGAUGAUCAUUAUAAACCAUCACCUCAACCAAGAAAUGUGUUAAGAAAGACCAGCCAUGUAGAAGACAAAGAUGUUGCCAGAGCAGAAGAUAAGGCUGCUUCUUCUAGUUACAGAUUACCUUCAUUUUCUGCACCAUCCUCCCUAACUAGGCUGAGUGACAAAAUAACAACAUCCGAGAAAAGGGCACUUGCUGAAAGCCCUAGUCCUGAGGGUCCAUGGCUAACAAGCUCUUCACCACCAUUCCCUAUUCAUUUUCAUUCAGCUGAUGAAAUGUCUGGAGACUUGGAUUUGUUAAUGUGUGGAGAAGGCUCUCCUUCAAAAGGGCAGGAUCAAACAGAAGAUGAUGACUGCAGGGAUUUGAAACUGGAGAAUAAUGGCAGAAAAUCCCCAUCUGUGAUAGAACUUAUGAUGACUACAGUGUAUGAGAAAACUAAGAAACUACAGAAAUCAACUGAUGACAAGCUUGAAGAAAAUUUGCAAACAUUGGAAGAGAAAUUCAUUGCUGAUGGCAUAAAGGAAAUGUCACUGAAUGAUAAAUCUGAAGACAUGGCGGAAGUGAGCACUUCAGAGGACUCGGACAAGAAAGAAUUUGAAUAUAAGGAAACACUUUCAGAAAAAGUGAGACCUUCUUCAUCAAGCAGGUCUCUGUCUUCUACAUACUUGAAGAAAGCUGGAAAAACCAUCCCUCCAUCUACAACUACAUCUUCUCAAUACUUGGGAACAUUAAAGGUCUUAGACAAUAAACACUUGCAAAAAUAUAGUGCUGAGCUUGACAAAGCAGAUAGUUUACGAGCAGCUGUUUAUCAGGAUUGGUUGGAAAAGAAAAGAGUCUUUCUACUAGAACUGCAGAGAAUUAAAAGGAACAAAGCAGAACAUUUAAAGAACGCAAAUGAAAAGAAAGAAGCUACUAAGAAAGAAGAAGCAAUUGCAUCUUUUGAAGCCUGGAAGGCAAUGAAAGAAAGAGAAGCAAAAAAGAAACUAGCUGAAAAAAAGAAGCUUGAGGAGUUGAAGAAACAGAGAGCAGCGGAACAGAAUGAAGAGAAAAAAGAAGCAGCUCAAAAGGCAGCAUUUGAAAAAUGGAAAGAAAAGAAAGCAGAGUAUUUAAGAGAGCAAAGUAGAAAGGAAAAACGAGCUGAAAGAAUCAAGAAGAAGAAAGAAGAGGAAGUUAUUGCAGAAAAGAAACGAGACAGCAUGUCUGCCGUUGAUAAAUGGAAUGAGAAAAAGGAAGAAUUUGUAAAACAAAAGAAGACAGAAAAAAUCCAAGAGAAAAGACGGCAAGAAAUAGAACAAUUUGAGAGGGGAGAAAAAGAUAAAAGGUCUAUGGAGGAAUAUGAAAGAUGGCUGUGUCAGGAAGAGCCACCUCUGAAGGGCCAACUCAGCACAGCACAGAACCAGCAAAGGCUAGAAGCAGCACCAGCUGCAAAAGAAACGAAAGAGAGGAGAGACCAGAUUGAGAAAAAACAAAAGAAGCUCCAGGUUAUCCUUGAGGAUGAAACCCCUCCUCCAUGGAGCCCGCCUGGCAAAGCUGUUUCCUCAAGGAACUACUGAGAUGUCCAUUACCCUUUGUGAGGAAAGUUCAUGUCCAAAGUUCUGACACUGUCUAAUCAUCAAUAUUUCACAACAACUGACUUUAAAGUGAAUUGAUACUGGCUCUUGCAUCCUUUCUUUUUUAGGGUGAUAAUUUUUAGACUCCUCAGUUGGAACAACUGGGUGUAUGUGCUAAAUAGCUCAAUUGUUCUUUUCCAUUACAUUUCACCAAAAGAUUAACUUGUGUGAAUUUUUUUUUUUUUUUUUGCAAUUAAUUUCUUGGUUAAACUUUGUGUCAUUUGGCCCCUUUUGGUGAAAAUUCAUGUUCGGGACACGCAGGGCCGGAUUCUAACACACCCUUCCUCAUACGAGUAGCGCUUUACCCCACAAAUGGUGCCAUUGAAGUCAGUGGGCCUGCCUGUGGAUUCAGCCUGAGUAAGGAUGUCAGAAUCUGGCCCAAAAUGAGUGGUCAAGCAAGUGCUAGAUAUGUUCCCAUACAAAGUGCAGGGUGAAGAAGUAGAAAAUAUUUGAAACCAUCAUUCAAGCAUCGCUUCAGAGCUAUAUUAUUUAUAAACCGGUAAACAAUCCCUGAAGAUUGGCAGGGGGGAUAAAUACAUUAAGCAAAAGGAAGUAAAAAAAACAGUCCUGAGGCUUUUACUGUAUGAUGAGACUUGCAAUGUGCAGUUGUGCAGAAUGUAAGGAUAACUUAGGUUUCGCAACAGCACAAAUAUCUUACGCUUUUUCAGUUCGAGUUUAAAGGACUAAUAAUGCUAGCUCCAGAAAAGGAUCAUUCAGAAUUGUCCGGAAUGUAUUUAACCGAAGUAAACUUUGUCCGUGUUGAAUCAAUGGUGCUAGGUUUAUUCUGUGAAGAGGGCCAAAGUAUAUUUUUAUUAUCCAUGGGCCUAGCCUAUAAUAAUAGGGCUAUAUGCAGCGGGGAAAGUAACUUAAAGGACUUACCGGUACUCUGAAGCCUGUGGCCUUGACCAGAAGAGGUGGGGCCUUUAAAUACCGCUGGAGUAGCGGCGGCAGGGCUCUGGUGGUGCUUUAAAGAGCCCGGGGCUCCGGCCACUGCGGGGAGCCCCAGGUCCUUUAAAGCACCAGCCUGGGGAAGCUGGUCCGGUCCGGCACGGCAUACUGGUUCUUGCUGGUACGCCGGACCGGACUGGCUUGCUUUCGCCUCUGGUUAUAUGCUACCUUGGGCCGCAGUAGAGCUCCUACUGAUGUGCAAAGAUUGAUGCUAAGAUAUGAGCCUUUUGUACUAAUGAAACUUUUAAAGGCCAAAUUCCAUUCUCAGAUACACUCAAGUAUGUGCACAGUAAUUUCAUUAACUGUCAGUAUAACUGGAAUUAUUCCAGAGAAUAUGAGAACAGAAUUUGUGACCUCAUAGCUGUUUUAGACUGUCAGCAGACUCAGAAUGACAACUUAGUAAUGGUAAUACCCCUCCUGCACCCCAGCCCUGAGCCCUCUCCCAGAGCCAGCCCUCAAUACCCCUUCCUGCACCCCAAGAAAUAUUACCAAUAACGAUAAUAUUACCCUGUCAACCAACAAAGAACUCAGAGUGUUCAACCGUCUGUGUCGGGUAGUUGUUCAACCAUCUGUGUUGGGUUGAUAUGGCUCUCACAUUGAAGGUUUUUUGCCAAAGUGGCCUCCACUUCAAAAAUAGUGAAGAGCAGUGGCCUAAAUAAUAUGGUCAUGUUGUGAUUUGGACUAUGUGGAGCACACAGGAGUAAGUGGACAAUAUUACAUCCACUACUCUCCGUACUGCAACAAGUGGGUGGGGAGGUAAGGGAACACUCUGGCUAGCACAGCUGAGCUGUUGUUGGGGCAUUAUCAUCCUACGCUGGUAUAGAGUAGCAGGAAAUUACUGCCUCUCAUCCCAGAGUAAGGAGGCAACUGUACUUUUGGAGGGAUGUCCCUGAGGUACAGUCCUCUUUGUCUACUUCUUGAUGGUGCAUCUUAUGCUCUCACCACUUGCUCAAGACUGUACCUAAAGGUAUAAUCUAGUCUAUAUGAGCAGAAUUUCAACGAGAAAAGAGUUCUAAUGCCUUUUGCUUGAUUAGUCUUGACUAAUUUGUAAACCCUUCAAAAUUAAGGAGCUGAUAUCUGUUAAAAUUGCUGUCUUCUAUGUAAAAUGUUUUAAAGAGAUGAUCAAAGAUUUUAAAGAGUUUUAAAUAGAAGUGUUCUUUCAUGUUAGUCUUGGAGAGAUUAUGGUGCAGCAGUAAUAGUGAAGGUUGCACUGCAGAGUUCAAUUUAAAACAGGUUGACAUUAAACCUUUAUUUUGUAAAAAUCUUAUUGAAAUAGCAAAAACCAAUACAUAAAAUAUAAGCUUUGAGCACUGUUUUAAUUUUUCAUGGUGGUUUGAUGGAAAUGAAUUGAUAAGGAAAGAUUUAAGAGUUUAAAAUUCUUCCCUCUUGGUGAUUUUCCCCUCCCUGCUGAAUUGUGUCUCUCUUUUUUUGUACCCCUUUUACAAGAAAUCUGAAAUACUCUGGGCCAUGCCCUUUGGCUACAUUGUUGCUCCUCAUGGGCUGACUCCAGAAUACAUACAUAAUACAUAGGCUGUAUUUGAGAGAGAGAGAGACACACAUACUGUUGAUAAUGCACUUUAGCACUCCAUACAAUUUUUUUCUUCCAUCCUCCACAGAUACCAAAAAGUAAUGCAUACCCCAGCUUCAUUAGACUUCCACUCUAAUACAAAAUCUUAACAGUGACCUCAGCAGUGUUAAGGCAGAAUAACUUUAUAAAUGUGUGGAAUAUGUAACGAUCAGAUGUGCUGAUCUGUUUCUGUAAAAGCAUAGGAGGACGCUGUUAAGAGUUUAUAUUAGAAGGGGUGUAUGUCUUGCUUUUGGGUAUCUGCUGGAGAUGGAAGUAAAAGCCUCAUGGAAUAUUGGAGUGCAUUGUCAAUAGCUUUGGAGGUAAUAUGAAGGUGGAAAGGACUAUCUUGCUAACUUUUUAUUUCCUUGCUCAUGUUUUGGUUGGAUGGAGUGUGUCCUGUUACAUCCUUAAUUGUCACUAAAUAUAGUUUUGUUUGCUAAUUUUUAUUUUGGAGGACAGUUUUAAAAUACAGACACUACGGAAAGGAAGGAUAGGUAUCUCUCGUAUUAGAUUAUACACUGUGUCUAUUUUUCCCUUCCUCUACAUAUUUUGUGUGCGUUAUAAUUUUCUAAAUGUAUUAAAAGAUUAUGUUUUGCAGUCCAUAGGUUCAAAAUCCAUGUGUGGUUUCCUCCCCUCUGGGAAUUUGGCCAGUAAAUCUCUGGCUACCGUUAGUUGUGAUUACAUAUGGAAAUAUGGGGAGAUGUUUAACAGUAAUACCCAUUUUUUAUUUUAUUUUUUAACUGAAUAAUUAGGGAAGUAAAACACGGAGAAGUUUAUAUGCUGUCCGGGAGAAUAUACUGAGGUGAAUUUUAUGUAUGUAUAAUGACCUAUUGAUUCCCUCAAGAACAAGAUUUGCUGAUCUUGGGAAUAAACUUCACAGUGAGCAACAUUUAGGAAAAUGAAAAAUAUACAGGGAGCAGGGUUGAUAUAUGAUCACAUCAAGAUCAGAAGAAUUUGAAGUAAAUAAUGCAGACUAGCACAUGACAUUUGGGAUGCUGUCUUAUCUAAAUAGUUUUGUAGAGUUCAGAAGCAUGCUGGGCAUUUAACAAAGUAAGGAAGACAGCUCCCUGCCCCAUAUAUCUUAAUUUUUUUUAUUAUAGACAUGACAGUACAACUGCUUUGGAUACUGUCAGACCUCUAUUGAGCAUGCUCACAAUCUAACGUUGUCUCAUUCCUGUUUAUUGAGCAUGCUCACUACUAAACAUUACCUCAUUCGUAGCUACUGGACAAAGCUGCUCCAAACCAUCCCAGGCUGGAGCUGUUUGACCUCUUUCUGCCCUUAUACUGCAGGUGCUCAUUGCCAAGCAUUUUCUCAUUCUGCACAUACUGACUUGUGUUGCUUUUCCUCAGAGCCAUGAUUACCUCAUCUGACCUUACUUCCCAUGCUCCAGAUCACCAUUACUUUGUGGCCAUACCUUAGUAAGCACAAAAACAAUGAGUGGGUCUGGUGGCACCUUAAAGACUAACAGAUUUAUUUGGGCAUAAGCUUUUGUGGGUAAAAGCCCACUUCGUCAGAUGCAACAUUAAGUAACCUACAUUCUACUAGGCAUGCUCAGCCCAGAAAUACUUUGUGGCCAUACCUCAUUCUACUUGCAGCACCAGUCAUGUGACCUAAAGCAUCCAGUGGUAUGUGAUCUGCAGCUUCUCAGUGGUGAAGUGACUCCUGCUUAUUCAAGAAGGAAGCUAGGGAUACAAAAUGGAGAUUAGGAAUACAAAGUGGAAUCUGGGGAAUUUCUCCGGUAUCAGCUACAAAGAGCAUACUUCUACCAUUGAUGAAAGAAGUAUUAUAGACAUGCAAAGGCAUCUAUAGUGUGUCAAGUUCAGUGUUUCAAAUAUUAUGGUGAACAGUUGUGAGACUUUUGUAUAAUUUAUCUUCUAAGUGCUAAGUCAAAUUACAGGUUGACACGUACUUGGCAAGAAAAAUCUGAAAAAAGCAUCAAUAAAUGUACUUUAACUUGUAUAAAAUCUUCUCAUUUUACCUUAAUUAGGCAAAUAUUGUAAAUAUAUUUAUUGUUGUACAUAGGGGAAAAUAUUUUGAUAUUAAAUUUUAUUUUGAUA